AUGAGGACCUGCGUGCUGCUGUGUGCCCUGCUCGCUGCCGCCUGCGCCCGCCACGUGCGCCGGCCCAGGAGCGCCGACCUCGAGCCCGCCGCCUCCCACCACUGGGAGAAGGGCGGCGGUGGCGAGCACCACGGCGACCACCACCACGAGGGCGGCGGCCACAACGAGAAGGGCUACAAGGGGCACCACGAGGACCACCACGGCAAGCACGGCCACUCCCACCACGAGGGCCACAAGGGCCACUACGACGAGCACGGCGGCCAUAAGAAGCACCACCACCACGACGACGGGUACUACGACGAGCACCACCACGGCGAGAAGGGUGAACACGGCCACGGGUUCGAGGAGAAGGGCCACUUCCACAAGGGCCACUCGACGAAGGGACACCACGGCGUCCACAAGGUGGACGAAUUCAAGAAGGACAAGCACUUCCACGACAAGCACGGGGAGUCCGGCUUCGAGGAGGGCUACGGCGGCCACCACCACGAGGGCGGGUACAAGAAGGGCGGGGAGUUCCACAAGGGCCACAAGGAGGGCGGGCACCACGAGCACGAGCACGGCGAGAAGGGCCACCACGAGAAGGGCGGGCACCACCACAACCAUAAAGGCCACCACGACGAGGGCGGCCACCACGAGCACCACCACCACCACGAGGGCCACGGCAGCAAGGGCGGCCACGAGGACCACAAGCACUGGGGCUGGAAGCACUGA